UCACGAUAUCUUUCUGAAAUUCCCAAUUGGGAGCUUACAACUAUGGCUACUCAUAGCCAAACCCGACGAUGGUGCUACUCUGUUUCGUUUACUCUGUUUCUUCUUCUCUCUGUUCAAGCCAUUGACGCCAUAGCCAUGGAAACUGAAGCUCUUCUGAGAUGGAAACAGAGUCUCCCCAAGCAGUCGAUUCUUGAUUCAUGGGUUGUUCCUUUAAACUCGAGCUCCUCUGUUUCAAACCCAUGUCAAUGGCGGGGCAUUUCGUGCAAUAAACAGAGCAGCGUCGUUGAAAUCAAGCUCGACAAUACUGGUUUAGUUGGUACUCUCGAUCACUUGAACUUCUCUUCGUUUCCAAAUCUCCUUCGUCUUGAUCUCAAAAUCAAUAAUCUUACUGGUGUGAUUCCCCCCUCCAUUGGUGUUCUUUCAAAGCUUCAGUUUCUUGAUCUUUCCACCAACUUUCUCAACAGUACUCUGCCUCUGUCUCUCGCGAAUCUCACAGAGGUUUUUGAGCUUGAUGUUUCUCGUAAUUCCAUUACUGGGUCUUUGGAUUCUCGUCUUUUUCCAGAUGGGUCUGGUAAUUCCAAAACUGGGUUGAGGAGUUUGAGGAAUCUUUUGCUUCAAGAUACUCUGCUUGAAGGCAGAGUACCUGAAGAGAUUGGGAAUAUCAAGUCUUUGAAUUUGAUUGCUUUCGAUAGAAGCCAAUUUUCAGGUCCAAUUCCUCAGUCUUUGGGGAAUUUGAGUAACUUAAACAUUCUUCGUCUCAAUGACAAUCAUUUCUUUGGAGAAAUUCCUCAAAGUAUUGCAAAUUUGAAGAACUUGACUGAUUUGCGUCUGUUCAUCAACGAUUUAUCUGGUGAAGUGCCACAGAAUUUGGGAAAUAUGUCAUCUUUAACUGUUCUUCAUCUUGCUGAAAACAAUUUCAUAGGUAGUUUACCUCCCGAUGUCUGUAAAGGAGGGAAACUCGUUAAUUUUUCAGCUGCAUUCAACGGUUUUACCGGUCCAAUCCCUAUGAGCUUGAAGAACUGUCCUAGUUUAUACCGUGUUUUGAUUCAGAGCAACAACAUUACCGGAUCAUUGGACCAAGAUUUCGGAGUGUAUCCAGAGCUUAAUUACAUCGACUUAAGCAACAAUCAGUUCAAUGGAAACCUCUCUCCAAAAUGGGGAGAAUGCAAAAACUUGACCCUUUUGAGGAUCACAGGCAACAGGGUUAAUGGCGAAAUCCCAAAUGAGAUCACUCAGUUGGAGAAUCUGGUAGAGCUCGAGCUUUCGUCGAAUAAUCUCUCUGGAUCGAUACCCAAAAGCAUCGGAAACUUGUCGAGCCUAUCGGUACUUGGACUACGAAACAAUCGGCUUUCUGGGUCGAUCCCUGCCGAGCUCGGAAGCCUUGUGAAUUUAGCACAUCUAGACCUCUCCAUGAACAUGUUGAGUGGAUCAAUCCCUUCUGAAAUAGGCGACAGUGUGAAGCUGCAAUAUUUAAGCUUGAGCAUGAACCAGCUGAAUGGCUCAAUCCCAUUUCGAAUAGGAAGCCUUGUGACCUUGCAAGAUUUGCUAGAUCUAAGCCACAAUUCAUUAAGUGGAGCAAUUCCUUCCCUUUUGGGGAAUCUUCGAAGCUUGGAGAAUUUAAACUUGUCUCAUAACAAUCUUUCUGGAUCAAUACCAGAUUCAUUAGGCAACAUGAUGAGCUUGGUGUCUAUUAAUCUAUCCAACAACGAUCUAGAGGGCCCUCUUCCAAGCGAAGGCAUCUUCAAAACAGCUAAAUUAGAAGCUUUUAGUAACAACAGAGGAUUAUGUGGAGAUUUGAACGGUCUCCCACGCUGCAAUAGUCCUGUGAUGACAGAUGAUCAAGAACAGAACAGCAACAAAAACCUUGUAAAGGUUCUUGUCCCAUCUUUAUUGGGAGUACUUUUAGUAUCCAUUGCAAUCUUUGGAGUUGUUUUUUGUAUCCUUAGAAAGAAAACCAGGCACGAUCCCGAAGCGAACAUGACAAGAGUGAGGGAGAAAGUGUUUUCAAAUAUUUGGUAUUUCAAUGGUCGAAUCGUGUAUUCCGACAUAAUCAACGCGACGAACGAGUUCGACGACGAGUACUGCAUAGGGGAAGGAGGAUCAGGGAAGGUUUACAAAGUGGAAAUGCCUGGAGGUGAGGUGUUUGCAGUGAAGAAGCUGCAUUCAUGGGAUGAUGAAAAGGGGUAUCAGAAUCAGAAGAGUUUUGAGCAUGAAGUAGCUGCUUUGACAGAAGUAAGGCAUAGGAACAUUGUUAGGCUGUAUGGAUUCUGUUCUAGAGGUGUUCAUACGUUUUUGGUUUAUGAUUAUAUUGAAAGAGGGAGUUUAGCUCAUGUUCUGAGUAGAGAAAAGGACGCGAAGGCAUUCGAGUGGUCGAAGCGGGUCGAGGUCGUAAAAGGCAUUGCACAAGCGCUAUCUUAUCUUCAUCAUGAUUGUCGGCCUCCGAUUAUACAUCGCGACGUAACAGCUAACAAUGUCGUGUUGGACUCUGAGUUUGAAGCACAUCUUGCAGACUUUGGUACGGCAAGGUUCUUGAAACCUGACAUGUCUCGUUGGACGACUGUUGCUGGCACUCAUGGCUACGUUGCCCCAGAGCUUGCAUACACUAUGGUGGCGACUGAGAAAUGUGACGUUUAUAGCUUUGGUGUCGUGGCGUUUGAAGUCUUGAUGGGAAAGCAUCCAGGAGACGUAAUUCUAUCGUUGCAUUCUUCACCUGAUUAUAAGGUUGAGUUGAACGAUAUCUUAGACUCUCGUCUUGCGCUUCCUCAAGACGAGAGAACAAUCAGUGACUUGAGUUUGAUAAUGAGUCUAGCAAUUUCGUGCUCCCAAAAACAUCCCCAAUCACGACCAACUAUGCGCAAUGCAUGCCAGUUGCUGGAGCUGCAAGCGGGAAACAAUUAGUAUUUUGAGACAACUUAAUCGGUGAAGUCUUCGUAGCUGCCGAUCAUCCAAAAGUUUGUUUCAUAGUUUAGCGUAUUUUGUAUUUUGGUUGUGAUUGUUAUUUGGUGAUCUUAGUCUCCGAGCAUUUAUCAAAUUUGAUGCAUUAUUAUUUUCAAAAGAGUUGUGUACAUAACGCUUAAAGAAUUGUGUUGUAAAAGAUUUUAAGAGAAGAUUAUCUAAUUAAGAUGACGUGAUUGAUUGUUA